UGCGCUCAGUCAGUUGCGCGCCGGUCGAGUGUGUGGAUGGGUUUGUGUGGAUCGUUAUCGGUGGUUUUUGGUGUACAUCGGCUGGUUUUUAUGCGAGUACUGGGAUAAAACGGUGUCGCAGGGUAUCCUCACGAGAAGGAGCGCCCUUUCGAAGGGUAAGACAGAAGUGAGUUGUUGGUCCGAUUGACAAAAUGACGACCGACAUCUCGGUGGUGCGCGGGGGUUGGGACCCCACGCUACAACAAGAGAUUGUCGAUGAGUACGAAUACGACGGAGGAAACUCGAGUUCGAGACUUUUCGAACGUUCCCGAAUCAAAGCUUUAGCUGGUGAACGUGAAUUGGUACAAAAGAAGACUUUUCAAAAAUGGGUCAACUCCCACCUGGUCCGGUGUUCCUGCCGAAUUGGCGACCUCUAUGUCGACCUCCGAGAUGGAAAAAUGCUCAUCAAGCUUCUCGAGAUCCUCUCCGGAGAACGUUUGCCACGACCUACAAAAGGAAAAAUGCGAAUCCAUUGUUUGGAAAAUGUCGAUAAAGCGCUGCAAUUCCUUCGCGAACAACGAGUGCAUUUGGAGAACAUGGGGUCCCACGAUAUAGUCGAUGGGAACCCCCGUCUGAGCCUUGGUCUCAUUUGGACUAUCAUUUUACGAUUUCAAAUUCAAGACAUUACCAUCGAGGAAACGGACAAUCAAGAAACGAAAUCGGCGAAAGACGCGUUGCUUCUUUGGUGUCAAAUGAAAACGGCCGGUUAUCACAAUGUAAACGUACGGAAUUUCACUACAUCCUGGCGCGAUGGAUUAGCCUUCAACGCCAUCAUUCACAAGCACCGUCCAGACUUGAUCCAGUUUGAGAAACUUUCCAAGUCUAAUGCCAUUUAUAACUUAAACAACGCGUUCAACGUAGCUGAAGAUAAGUUAGGUCUCACGAAACUUUUAGACGCUGAAGAUAUAUUUGUGGACCACCCUGAUGAAAAGUCAAUCAUCACCUAUGUGGUCACCUAUUAUCAUUACUUCUCCAAGAUGAAGCAGGAGACUGUGCAAGGUAAAAGGAUAGGUAAAGUGGUCGGUAUUGCCAUGGAGAACGACCGUAUGAUACACGAAUACGAGAGUCUAACCAGUGACCUGUUGCGUUGGAUAGAGGGUACCAUAGAGGCUUUAGGCGAUCGUCGAUUCACCAAUUCCCUAGUAGGUGUGCAGUCUCAGCUUUCCCAGUUCUCGAAUUAUCGUACUGUAGAGAAACCACCGAAAUUUGUCGAGAAAGGCAACUUGGAAGUAUUACUUUUCACGUUACAAUCGAAAAUGCGAGCAAAUAAUCAAAAACCAUAUACACCUAAGGAGGGUAAAAUGAUCUCGGAUAUUAACAAAGCGUGGGAGAGAUUAGAAAAGGCGGAACACGAACGCGAAUUAGCUCUGCGCGAAGAAUUAAUCCGUCAGGAGAAAUUAGAACAGCUAGCAGCGAGAUUCAAUCGAAAGGCUAGUAUGAGAGAGACUUGGUUAUCCGAGAAUCAACGUUUAGUUGUCCAGGAUAACUUCGGUUUCGAUUUAGCUGCGGUGGAAGCUGCGGCCAAGAAGCACGAAGCCAUCGAAACAGACAUAUUUGCGUAUGAAGAACGAGUUCAAGCUGUAAUGGCGGUUUCGCAAGAACUGAGAGCCGAGAACUAUCACGAUAUCGAACGUAUUAACGCACGCAAAGAUAAUGUUCUUAGAUUGUGGAAUUAUUUGUUACAAUUGCUUCAUGCUAGAAGGAUGAGAUUGGAACUGUCUCUGCAAUUGCAACAGAACUUCCAGGAGAUGCUGUACAUUCUUGACAGUAUGGAGGAGAUAAAGAUGCGUUUGUUGACGGAUGAUUAUGGAAAACAUUUGAUGGGUGUCGAGGACCUCUUACAGAAGCAUUCCCUGGUAGAAGCUGAUAUCAACGUUCUGGGUGAGAGGGUAAAGGCAGUUGUUCAACAGAGCCAGAGAUUCUUGGUAGAUAGCGAAGAUUACCGACCAUGCGGUCCAACCAUUAUCGUAGAGCGUGUGCAACAACUUGAAGACGCGUAUGCCGAACUGGUACGCUUGGCAGUUGAACGUAGAGCUAGAUUAGAAGAGUCUCGUAAAUUGUGGCAGUUCUAUUGGGAUAUGGCUGACGAGGAGAAUUGGAUAAAGGAGAAGGAACAGAUUGUGUCAACUGGAGACAUUGGUCACGAUUUGACUACCAUCAAUUUGUUGUUAUCGAAGCACAAAGCUUUGGAGAACGAGAUUCAGUCUCACGAACCACAAUUGAUGUCUGUAGCUGCUGUUGGAGAUGAACUGGUUCGUCAGAAACACUUUGGUUCUGAUAGGAUUCAGGAAAGGCUUCAGGAAAUUCUGGGAAUGUGGAAUCAUCUCCUGGAUUUGGCUGCUUUCAGAAGGAAGCGCUUAGAGGAAGCUGUAGAUUACCAUCAACUGUUUGCAGAUGCUGAUGACAUUGAUAUCUGGAUGUUGGAUACAUUGCGACUCGUUUCAUCGGAAGACGUUGGCAGAGAUGAAGCCAAUGUUCAGUCACUGUUGAAGAAACAUAAGGAUGUAACAGAUGAACUUAAGAAUUAUGCUGCUACUAUCGAUCAGCUUCAUCAACAAGCAUCGUCUCUUGGUGAACAGGACGCCAAGUCACCGGAGGUACUAGAAAGAUUAGCUUCUAUAGACUUGAGGUACAAGGAACUUAUGGAACUUGCCAAACUUCGCAAACAGAGAUUGUUGGAUGCAUUAUCGUUGUACAAGUUGUUCAGCGAGUCAGACGGAGUGGAACAGUGGAUCGGUGAGAAGAAUCGAAUGCUGGAGACCAUGGUACCAGCCAAGGAUAUCGAAGAUGUUGAAAUCAUGAAACACAGAUACAAUGGCUUCGAAAAGGAGAUGUAUGCUAAUGCAUCACGAGUUGCCGUGGUGAACCAACUGGCAAGGCAAUUAUUGCACGUUGAACAUCCUAAUUCUGAGCAAAUUGUGGCACGUCAGAACGAGCUGAACCAGAAAUGGGCAGAACUCCGCGAGAAAGCAGAAAAUAAGCGUGACGAAUUGAAUUCUGCUCAUGGUGUACAAACCUUCCACAUCGAAUGUCGCGAAACAGUAUCCUGGAUCGAAGACAAGAAACGUAUCCUCCAGCAAACGGACAGUUUAGAGAUGGAUCUGACAGGAGUCAUGACUUUACAACGUAGACUAAGUGGUAUGGAACGCGAUUUGGCAGCCAUUCAGGCCAAAUUGGACGCCUUGGAGAUGGAGGCUCAGAAUAUUCAACAACAGAACUUGGAAGAUCCUGAGGUGAUAAAGGGAAGGAUUGACCAGAUUCAUACUAUCUGGGAGCAGUUGACGCAGAUGUUGAAGGAGCGUGAUGCGAAACUGGAAGAAGCAGGUGAUCUUCACAGAUUCCUCAGAGAUCUGGAUCACUUCCAGGCUUGGCUAACCAAGACACAGACUGACGUGGCCAGCGAAGAUACUCCAACCACGCUGGCUGAUGCAGAGAAACUCUUAAUACAACAUCAGAAUAUUAAGGAAGAAAUUGAUAACUACACUGACGAUUACCAGAAGAUGAUGGAAUACGGUGAAAGACUGACCAGUGAGGCCGGCGAUGGUGAUACGCAAUACAUGUUCCUCAGGGAGAGAUUGAACGCUCUGAAGAUGGGCUGGGAAGAAUUACACCAGAUGUGGGUCAACAGGAAGAUAUUAUUGUCCAAUUCUCUGAAUCUACAAAUCUUCGAUCGCGACGCUCGUCAGGCAGAAGUACUUUUGUCCCAACAAGAGCACAUUCUCGCCAAAGAUGAAACGCCGGCGAACUUCGAACAGGCGGAACACAUGAUCAAACGGCACGAAGCGUUCAUGACUACGAUGGACGCAAACGAUGAAAAGAUUAAUUCCGUAGUGCAGUUUGCCGGACGACUUGUCGACGAGGGCCACUUCGCGGCAGACAAAGUCAAGACGAAGGCAGAGAACAUAAACGAGCGUCGUCGAAUAAACCGAGAGAAGGCGAAUCAGUACAUGGAGAAACUUAAAGAUCAGUUGCAGUUACAGAUGUUCUUGCAGGAUUGCGAGGAAUUGGGAGAGUGGGUUCAAGAGAAACAUAUUACUGCCCAAGAUGAGACUUAUAGAAGUGCCAAGACGGUACACAGCAAGUGGACUAGACACCAAGCGUUCGAAGCCGAGAUCGCGAGCAAUAAGGAUCGUUUGCAGCAAUUACAACAGGCUGCUGAAGAAUUAAUUCAACAGAAACCUGAUCUCGCUGAGAUUAUCAAACCCAAAGUGGCAGAAUUGGCUGACCAGUUUGAGGAACUUGAAACCACCACGCAUGACAAAGGUGAACGUCUAUUCGACGCUAAUCGCGAAGUACUCAUUCAUCAGACUUGCGAUGACAUUGAUUCCUGGAUGAAUGAAUUAGAAAAACAAAUUGAAAGUACGGACACUGGAUCCGAUUUAGCGUCGGUGAAUAUUCUGAUGCAGAAGCAACAGAUGAUUGAAACACAGAUGGCUGUAAAAGCCAGACAAGUUACUGAAUUGGACAAACAGGCUGAACACUUGCAGCGUACUGUACCUGAUGAUAAGAUGGAGGAGAUCAAGUGCAAGAAAGAAAAGGUAGCACAGAGAUUCGCUCAAUUGAAGGCACCGUUGAUAGAUCGUCAACGUCAGUUAGAAAAGAAAAAGGAGGCCUUCCAGUUCAGGCGCGACGUGGAAGACGAAAAGCUCUGGAUCGCCGAGAAAAUGCCUCAGGCUACCAGUACAGAAUAUGGAAACUCUUUGUUCAACGUGCAUAUGCUAAAGAAGAAGAACCAGUCUUUGCGUACUGAAAUAGAGAAUCACGAGCCCAGAAUUAAUUUAGUCUGCAACAAUGGACAGAAACUCAUAGAUGAAGGCCACGAGGAUAGUCCCGAGUUCCAGAAAUUGAUACCCGAGUUAACCGAGAAAUGGAAAGAAUUGAAGCAUGCUGUGGAUGACAGGAACAAGCAUCUCCUGCAAAACGAGAAGGCACAACAAUAUUUCUUCGACGCAACAGAAGCAGAAUCCUGGAUGAGCGAACAAGAACUAUACAUGAUGGUAGAAGAUCGUGGCAAGGACGAGAUCUCUGCUCAAAACCUAAUGAAGAAACACGAGUCUUUGGAGCAUGCAGUAGAGGACUAUGCAGAAACGAUUCGGCAGCUUGGAGAAACUGCCAGACAGCUUAUUAACGAUCAACAUCCUCUUGCCGAUCAGAUUGCCGUUAAACAGUCACAGGUGGACAAACUAUAUGCUGGUCUGAAAGAUCUUGCUGGUGAACGUCGAGCCAAACUAGAUGAAGCUCUUCAGUUGUACAUGCUGAAUAGAGAAGUGGACGACUUGGAACAAUGGAUCACAGAAAGAGAAUUAGUAGCUGGAAGUCAUGAAUUGGGUCAGGACUAUGAUCAUGUGACACUUCUUUGGGAGAGGUUUAAAGAGUUUGCUCGAGACACCGAGGCAAUAGGCUCAGAAAGAGUGGCCGCAGUAAAUGGAAUUGCAGAUUCUCUAAUAGCGACUGGACACUCUGAUGCUGCUACUAUUGCAGAAUGGAAGGAUGGCUUGAACGAAGUAUGGCAAGACUUGUUGGAAUUAAUUGAAACUCGUACACAGAUGUUACAAGCUAGUCGAGAGUUGCACAAGUUCUUCCAUGACUGCAAAGACGUACUUGGAAGAAUCUUGGAAAAACAGAAUGCCAUGUCUGAUGAAUUAGGUCGUGAUGCUGGCUCAGUUUCUGCUCUGCAACGGAAGCAUGCUAAUUUCAUGCAGGAUCUCUCCACGUUGCAGAGUCAGGUGUCGCAGAUUCAAGAGGAAUCUGCUAAAUUACAGGCUAGUUAUGCUGGUGACAAGGCUAGAGAGAUAACUAAUCGCGAAGGAGAGGUGGUCGCUGCUUGGAACAACCUUCAGUCGUUAUGCGACGCCAGAAGAACAAAACUAGAAGAUACUGGUGAUUUGUUCCGAUUCUUCAACAUGGUUAGGACUUUGAUGAUUUGGAUGGAUGAUGUGGUUCGUCACAUGAACACCUCAGAAAAACCUCGCGACGUUGCUGGAGUAGAAUUGCUAAUGAACAACCAUCAAAGUUUGAAAGCUGAAAUAGAUGCUAGAGAAGACAACCUGAUGGCCUGUAUUAAUCUUGGGAAGGACUUGUUAGCCAGGAAUCAUUACGCCAGCAGUCAAAUCAAAGAAAAAUUGGCAGCUCUGACUGAUCAUAGAAAUGCGUUGCUCCAUAGAUGGGAGGAGCGUUGGGAGAACUUGCAACUGAUUUUGGAGGUAUACCAGUUCGCAAGAGACGCAGCGGUCGCUGAAGCAUGGUUGAUCGCUCAAGAAUCAUAUCUUAUGAGUCAGGAACUCGGCCAUACGAUCCAUGACGUGGAGAAUUUGAUUAAGAAGCACGAAGCAUUCGAAAAAUCGGCAGCUGCUCAGGAAGAAAGGUUUAGUGCCUUGCAUCGACUCACAACGUUUGAGUUGAAAGAAAUGAAGAGGAGGGAACAAGAACGAGAGGAAGAAGAGAGACGCAAGAAAGAGGAGGCAGCAGCAGCUGAGGCAGCUCGAUUAGCUAAAGCAACACCAGUAACUAGUCCAGACGAAUCGCCUAGUGAAAGAGCCGAAGCGGAAGGUAUACGUCCUGCAAGUGGAGAACAUCCAGCUGAAGAAGACGACUCACAUGUGGCACAUCGCAAGGCUUCUACACGUACACCACAGCCGCAAGACAAGCCCAAGGAAGUGCAUGCUCAGAAACUUGCACGUCUAUCCAUACGAGGAGAAGCAACACAACCCACCACCCCCACGAAAUCUCCGCAAGGUCUAUCUAGUCCAACAACUCCGAAAGGUGGAAGCGGUUCCGAGUCUGGUACUUUAAGACGUAAGGAACGUAGUCGCAGCAAGUCGCCGUUCAGGAGUUUCCGCUGGAGAAAGUCUGCCAAGUCGCCAAGUUUAGAUCGCAGUGGCGUGAGUGAUGAUGAGCGCAGCAUUUCCGAACAACGAAGUCCCACCGAUGAUGAAUUCGAAGGUGUGUUGCAACGAAAGCACGAAUGGGAGAGUACAACGAAGAAGGCGUCCAAUCGGUCCUGGCAUAAGGUGUACAUGGUCGUACGUGGACAAAGUUUGUUUGCAUAUACGGACCAAAAAUCGUAUAAGGCAGCGCCUGAUCAACCGUACAAGGGAGAGACUCCUCUGGACCUCAGAGGAGCAACCAUCACCGUGGCGAGCGAUUACACUAAGAAGAAACAUGUCUUCCGAGUAAAAUCACAAAUCGGUUCAGACUUCCUAUUUCAGGCUAAGGAUGAUGCUGAAAUGAAUGAAUGGGUUACCGUAUUGAAUCAAGCAGCACAAGGUACAUCAGGUGCAGGCACGUCCAGGGCGCAUACUUUACCUGCGCCCACACAAGCCGAGACCAAGCGGCGUAGUUUCUUCACUCUCAAGAAAAACUAAACUGGAGCAGUGAAGUUCGGUAUAAGCCGCUCAGCACAACACACACAGAUUAAAAGAAAUGUUUCGUCGCUCUACGUGGUUAACAAAUAAAAAAAAAGCAACGCUAAUUAUACAAAUUAGGAGAUAUACACGCGGACAUCGUGGUUGCAAAAAAAAAAAGAAAGUAAGAAAGAAAAAAGGAAAAAGAAAAGAAAGAAAGAAACAAAUUGAAGGAAGACUCAACUUGCUAUAAAACCCGUGUCGUUUUAUGAAAACUUUACGCCUAUCAUCUUCAAUUACUAUUCGCCACGGGAUAAAAGAAAAAUAAUAGAGAAUAUUUAAACAGCUGUCUGUAUGUGUUCAAAACAUUUCAGGCGUGUGUAGUCCAUUUGAAGUCUCUAAUUGCAUUUCUAGUUUCUUCAAGGAAUUUUUGGACACUGCAAUAUAUCGCUAGUUGAAAAAGUGACACACACAUACAUACACAACACAUUCGAUAAUGUCCCACGUUAGCGUGAAUCAGUUACUCGGACAGGAAUAUUGAUUGUCAAAAUUGAAUUGUCCAUUGUUCUAGUAUAUUUGCAUGGUAAGGCGAUACUAUUGUUAAUGGUAAACACAGUAUGAGUUAGAUUUUGUAAUUUAAUACGUGGUAUUUUACGUUUGAUAUCGUUUUAUAAUGUCGUCAAGGCGAUCUUUUGUUUUAGUAAUUUUUAAUUGAUGUCAUGUUGCUGCAAGGGUUCUGUGUGUUGUAAAUCUAAUAAGAAUGCGAUCUUAAAUUCACGCUGUUCAAGAUGAUUCAGAAGAUCAAACCCGAAGUUAUAAUCCAUAAGAAUCAAAUAUCAAACAUGAAAGAUAGCUAGGUAAAAUGAUCUUCUAUUAUGAAUAGUAUGUAUUUGCUAACAUUACUUCUAACAAUUUUCUAUGUUUUUACAAGUUGCAUAAACGUCUUCCUUAAAUGGACGUUUGCUAUUAAAGAGGAAUUCGAGAAGCAAUGCCUUGAGAGAUAUCUAUAUUCUCAUUUUAAAUACAAGAAUGCCUGUUGAAAUAAUUGAAAAGUAUCUUCUAGCACUUUUUAUACUACGUAGAUAACAUUUGUAGCGGCUUAGAAUGCGAAGAUGUUUCUAUUUUAGGAAAAAGUCUUAUCAGAACUUGUGCAGUGACUUGAUACUCGUUGUUGUUCGUCUUAAGGAAAGAAGCGUUGUUUUUUAAUUUACGAUUUCUGUUUUAACUGUUGUAAACACCUCCAUCGAUGCACGUUCAUUUAUAACGUUUAUAUACACGUACACUUUCUCGCCCUGCACUUCUUUUUUUAAUUUCGCGUUUCUCCGCAAAUGGUUCGUUUGCGUUUCGAUGACUGCCAUAUAUAUAUUUUUAAGCGGCACACUAACUUGGGACAUGAUAUAUAUAUAAAUAUAUAAAUAAAUAUAUAAAUAUUAUAUAUAAAUAUAAAUAUAAAUUAGCUUUUAAAAAAUUGUUAAAUAUAUGCUACGCCCUAAGGGAAUACGCAUUGGAGGAUUAUAAAAAAAAGAAAUGGAACACACAUUGUGUAAUAAUUUAAAGAGUUUCCUCUUAUAUACGAUCCCAAAAUAUCACGAUUCUACGGAAUUAAAAAAAGAAAGGAGAAGAGAUAUUUAAUUGUUCUUUAUAGACGUUUCUGCGUGUACGAUGCAGUUUUUAUCAAGCGAGCUUUGUUAUGAAUAAGACUAGAUCAGACUAAUUGAUAUUGAAUCCAUCUGAAGUGUCUCGCUUGAUACUAACGGCUAAUCACGUUGCGAUUCACGUGAUUGUUAACUUCCUUAUUCUUUAUUUUUUUUUUGUCUUCUUUUUUGACAUUUUUAAAUAUUUAUCAUGUUCGUUUCUUUGUUUCGUAUAUAAUAUAUAAGAACGGUUUAAGGUUGAAACUUAAUAACCGCGUAUUUGACCAUUUUUUUCAGUAAUGAUUAUUUAAGAAUUCUUUAUUUUUUGUUUUAAUAUUGUCCAAUUACAAUGCGACUCGUUUCAAUUGCCAUUAACUUAUUCCAUAUUUUUGGAACGCACUUUUUCUUAACGCGGUAACGAUGUUUCUCCUGACGAGACCUCCGAGUAGUACAUGUUGGAGAUACGUUUGUAAAACGUCUCAUCUUUUUUCUAUAUAUUGUACUGUGCGCUUCACUAAUUUGUACAUACGAUCAUGAAUAACGCAGUAUACGCCUAGACAAGAGGAAGAAAAGCAGUAAUUAACGAUCUUAAUCAAAAGAAAAAGAAAAAUGGAAUCGAUAACACGUUCGCUUUUUUCUAGUUUAAUGCAUGUGCAUUUAGUGGAUAUUUU